AACCAGGUUUGAACUAAUAUUUCGCAUCACAGAACACAAGACAAAAGUGUGUUUAACUAAGUGACAUUCUGUUUAAAACUUAAACUACAAACUUCGUGCAAAAAAUGUCUUCAGUCGUAUCAGCAGUACCAGCAGCCUCUCAAAUCCCCGAGGUGAACAAGGACCCAGUGUCCUGCAUCCCAUGGCCCAUUCCACCCCCCAACCCUGGACUGGAUAUCAAAUACAACAAGAUAUUUAUCUCCAAUGAAUGGGUUGAUGCGUGUGACGGUGAAGAAAUCGAUGACGUUAAUCCGGCAACAGAGAAGGUCAUCACCAAAGUUGCGUACGGGAAGCAGGCUGACGUCGACCGCGCGGUGGCAGCAGCGAGCAAAGCGUUCCAACCUAGCUCAAAAUGGAGGCGAAUGGAUGCUUCAGAUAGAGGAGUGCUCAUCAACAAGCUAGCUGAUUUAAUCGACGCUAAUAAAUGCUAUCUGGCGUGUUUGGAAUCUUUAGACUGUGGCAAGCCUUACACACACUCGUUUUUCAUGGACACUGGUGUUUCUAAGAUAUUGCGUUACUAUGCUGGUUGGACCGAUAAAAUGCAUGGCAAGACACUUCCCGUGGAUGGAGAUUACCUUAGUUACACUUUGGUGCAACCCGUUGGUGUCUGUGGACUUAUUUUACCGUGGAAUGUGCCCCUGAUUUCUCUGUGCAUGAAGAUAGGGCCAGCUCUCUGCUGUGGUAACACUGUAGUUAUCAAGCCAAACGAACAGACUCCGCUAUCCGCUUUAUACAUUGCAUCACUGGCAAAAGAAGCCGGUUUUCCUGAAGGUGUAUUCAAUGUUGUACCAGGUGGUCCUGAGGCAGGAGCAGCAAUGGCAAGUCAUUCCGGCAUCAACAAAAUCUCUUUCACCGGUUCUAUUGCUGUCGGUCGCAAAAUCGAGGAAAGUUCGGCGAAAACGAACUUGAAACGACUUACAUUGGAGUUGUCAGGAAACUGCCCAAACAUCGUGUUUGCUGAUGCGGAUCUUGACUAUGCUGUUGAAAACGCCCACCAAGCCGUGUUCAUGAACCAAGGCCAAUUAUGUACAGCUGGUGCAAGGACUUUCGUACAAGAAGAUAUUUAUGACGAAUUUGUUGCUAAGAGCGUUGCUAGGGCAGCCAGGAGAAUUGUAGCUGAUCCAUUUCAGCUUCACUCUGAACAAGGACCACAGAUCAGCCAAAAACAUUUGGAUUCGAUACUUGGAUAUGUAAAGUCAGGCAUUGAAGAAGGUGCAAAGUUAGAAUGUGGUGGAAGCAGACAUGGGAGCACUGGUUAUUACAUGCAACCAACUGUGUUUUCUAACGUUACUGAUACGAUGCGGAUCGCUAAAGAAGAGAUUUUCGGACCAGUCCAGUGUAUUUUUAAGUUCAAAACAGUUGAAGAAGUUAUACAAAGAGCUAACAACACUGAGUAUGGUUUAGCUGCUGGCAUUUUUACCAAAGAUGUAUCAGUAGCUUUGGAAAUGGCAAAGGCGCUUGAAUCAGGAACUGUUUGGGUGAACUGCUACAACGCUUUUGCUGUACAAAGUCCUUUUGGUGGCCUGAAAAUGUCCGGAAAAGGAAAGGAAAUGGGCGAAGAAAGCCUUCGAGAAUUUUCCGAUGUCAAGACAGUCACUUUAAAACUGCCGCAAAUUCAGAAUAUUUCUAUUGGCACUGGAUCUACCGUUCAAUACAGUACACCGAAAGUUUCGCCUAACUAAAUUGCUUUUUAUAUUUUAAUAACACGACUUCUGCUUGACUGCUUCUUGCGUUGAUUAUAUCUGAACUUGGUAAGCUAUCGUUGAAAGAGCAAGCUUACAUCGUGUACAAACAGUUGCUUUUCAUAUUGUUCGUAUUUUGUUAUUUCACAAUCGUUCUCGCAUUGGUAUUGCGCUCCUAUCUUCCGUGGCAUACUAUUUAUGCUGUAAAUAAAACCAAAAAAGUUA